AUGUCUGGCAAUAACUGCACUGCUGUGACUGAAUUCAUUCUUUUGGGGUUAACAGAUGACCAAACCCUUUGUGUCAUCCUCUUUGUGAUAUUUCUUGGUGUCUAUGCAGUCACAUUAAUUGGUAAUCUUAGCAUAAUCACAUUGAUCAUAAAUAGCUCCCAACUUCACACUCCAAUGUACCUUUUCCUCAGUCACUUGGCUUUUGUGGAUAUUGGUUAUUCUUCAUCUGUCACACCUCUCAUGCUUAUCAGUUUCCUCACGGACAAGACCUCAAUACCUCUCGGUGUCUGUGUGGCCCAGUUUUGUUUUGCUGCCACCUUUGGGACUACUGAGUGCUUCCUGCUGGCUGUGAUGGCCUAUGAUCGGUAUGUGGCCAUCUGUAGCCCCCUACUGUACUCCACCCACAUGUCUACCAGGGUCUGCACUCUGUUACUCAUCACAUCUUAUCUGGGUGGUUGUGUAAAUUCUUGGAUCUCUACUGGUUGCUUAUUGAAUUUGUCCUUCUGUGGGUCCAAUGAGAUCAAUCACUUUUUCUGUGAUUAUUCACCACUUCUGAAACUUUCCAACUACCAAGAUGAUCUUGCUGAAGUUCUUCCUGCUGCCUCUGCGGG